CCUUGCUUUUGGGAGGUGCUUUAAAUCUGACUGCCAGAGCCGUGGGCUGCUGAGAGCAGAAGCUGCCUGCACGAUGCUGAGCUCAGGUCUUCCUCCUGUUCUCCUGGUGCUCUCAGUGCUGGAGCUGAGCUGGUGCCUGAGUGAUGAAGAGAAGAAGAUCAUCUUGGAUGAGCAUAAUAAAUAUCGCUCCCAGGUGUCUCCUCCUGCCAAGGCUAUGAUGAAGAUGACCUGGGACAAGGAGCUGGAGGCCCUUGCUCAAUCCUAUGCAGAGAAGUGCAUCUGGGAUCACAACAAGGAGAGAGGCCGACGGGGAGAAAACCUCUUUGCCAUGGCCCCAACCCUGGAACUGGAAUUUGCUGUGGAAGACUGGAACGGGGAGGAGAAGUUCUACAACUUUACAACAUCCACGUGUGUCCCCGGGCAGAUGUGUGGCCACUACACCCAGGUGGUCUGGUCAAACACCCAUCAGAUCGGCUGCGGGGCACAUUUUUGUGAGAAGAUUGAUGGAAUCGAAACAGAGAAUAUGCACCUGCUUGUCUGCAACUAUUAUCCCCCGGGUAACAUGAAAGGCAAAAAGCCCUACAUGGAAGGACCCUCAUGUGAAAUGUGCCCCAUGGACACAGUCUGUGUGAACAACCUGUGUGAACUCGUUGUAGAAGAGACCACUCCGGCCUCUGUGACCACAAAGGCAAGGCCAUCCACCCCAGCCACAGCCAAACCAGAGCCCACAGCCAAACCAGAGCCCACAGCCACAGCUAAACCAGAGCCCACAGCCAAACCAGAGCCCACAGCCACAGCUAAACCAGAGCCCACAGCCAAACCAGAGCCCACAGCCAAACCAGAGCCCACAGCCACAGCCAAACCAGAGCCCACAGCCAAACCAGAGCCCACAACUAAACCAGAAUCCACAGCACCAGUUCACACCACAGCUGAACCAGAACCCACACCAGCAACCACCACAGCCAAACCAGCACCCACAACACCAGUACACACCACAGCAAAACCUGAACCCUCCCCAGUGUCCACCACAGCCAAAUCUGAACCCACAAAACCAGUGUCUACCACAGCCAAGCCAAAACCCACAGCCACACUCCCAACCACAGCCAAGCCCAAACCCCCAGCACAGGCAUCCUUCAGCACAGCCAAGCCAAAACCUGCCAGCACACUCCCAACAACCCCAGCCAGGCCAAAACCCACAACAGCAGCAGCCACCACAACCAUGGCCAAGCCAAAACCCACUGUGCCAGCAGCCACCAGCACUGCAGCCAAGCCAAAGCCCACCACAACGAUGGCCAAGCCAACACUCACCACACCAAAACCCACGCUAACAACCACUGCCACUAAGCCAACAACCACCACUGCCACCAAGACAACACCCACCCCCCUGAAACCCACCACAACAAACACCAUGGCCAAACCAACACCCACCACAACAAACCCCACCACAACCACCACCACCACCAAACCAACACCCACCACAACAAACCCCACCACAACCACCACCACCAAACCAACACCCACCACAACAAACCCCACCACAACCACCACCACCACCACCACCACCAAACCAACACCCACUACACCAAACCCCUCUACAACCACCACCACCACCAAACCAGCACCCACUACACCAAACCCCUCUACAACCACCACCACAACCACCACCAAACCAACACCCACCACACCAAAAUCCACCCCAACUACAGCUAAGCCAAAACUUGCUACAGCCACAGCCAAACCAACACCCACCACCCCAGCAUCUACCACCACUACAGCCAAGCCAACACCUGCUGCUACAACAAUAGCACCUGCCACAACAGCAAAGACACAACCGAAAACUGCCACAACCACAAAGCCAGAACCAGAAAGACCUGAUCCUACUGAGCCAACCGAGAUCACUCUUUCCUUUGAGCCCACCUUAGACCCAGACUAUAAAGUAUCUCCAGAGGCAGACACUGGAGAGCCUCUUAGCUCCUUCACUACAGAGGAUCCAGCCUUACUGGAAAGCAUGGGCACAGCUUUCAGCCCCAGAUCAGUCCCAGAAAUAAAGGAAGGUGUCAAAGAGCAUGGCAAGGAGAAAUCAGCCUUUCCCAGUCCUCCUCCAUCCCUCAGCCAAGCUGUUCCAGAGAUGAAGUUAGGUUUUAAUAGAGCUGAGCUCAUAACCCCCUCCAAGUCAGUGGUCCUCAGCCCUGAAGAGCCCACGUUCUUGCGCUUAACAUCAUCCUCCAAAGACAAAAAAGGGCCGAGCCCCCAUUUCCAGACCUCCCUCUCAGCAGGUGCCCUGGACACAGAAGAACUGGGGACCAACUCGGACCAGACAAGUGUGGAUCCGCCCAAAGGAGGAGCCCCCAGGACCUGCUUGGGCUUUUCACUCUUCCUCCUGCCCAGUGCCAUCCUGGUGGGCCUUCUGCUCUGAAGGGUCUUCCUCAGCUGUCGCUGCACCCCUCACCAAGGCUUUUGUCAGGGCUGGUUGUUCCACAGCCCUGGCAGGCUCAGGAGCUCCUUGGACAAUUCACACACUCCCUCCUUACGCUGCCUUCUCUGCUGCAGCCCCGGCAAGCCAAGGGCAGCUGGCAGUGCUGGGGGAACUUUGUCCCCUUCCUGAGGAGACCUGAGGGCAGGAGGGUGUUUGCCAUAAUGCUGGUGACCUUGGAUGCUUCUCCUUUUUCCUGGCUUCUGUUCCAUUUCCAGGCUGGAAGUGUUGAGCUCUCCCACCCGUCUGCCCAUGUGGCUGGCAGGCCCUGCCACAGCCUGACCCUGGGGACAGCAGGGUGACUUGGGGACAACGAGACAUGGUGGUUGGCUUUGGUAUUUGUAGAUGAGACACAGUGGUUGGCUUUGGUGGUUUUUUCCAGCAGAAAUGCUCUUUCCCUUCCUGAUGUGUCCAUCUCAAUUUUGGACAAGUUUUACCUCUUUCCCUACUUGUCCAAAUCGAGUGGCUGUUUUGAGGAUUUCUGUUUCCUCCUGGUUCUGGUGGAGCUCUGGCCAGUACUGCCCAGCUGUUCUCCCCUCUCCUCCUCACUCUCUGCAGCCCUUGCUUUCUCCCAAGCCCCAGAUUCAUUUUACGCCUGUGCUUGCACCUGUGUGCACACACAGAAGAGAAACCUCCAGAGCUGAGAGAGGCCACCAGAUCCUUCAUGUAGCUUUUCCCUGCAUGGCUCAUUCUUUGCAUAAUUUCAGUGUAUUUGAAUUUAGAUACAGAUUCCUCUUGAUGUGUAACUUGUGUGUGUGUGUGGUCAAGGAGAACAAGUCCCCACUUGUGUUGGUACAAUCUGAGCUCCAGAGGUACAAGUGACAUUGUUAGAGGUUAUUGGUGGCUCCUGGGCCUGUUGCAGGACCACUGGCAUUGUCUGGGCCACUGUGUUUUGUUUUUGUUUGUCUCUCCUCCCUUCACCUGGGCAUUCCCAGUCAGGUGUGUGAAAUAUGUGCCAAGCUUUGCAGACAGGUGGAAGGAAGAUAACGGGGAGAUGCAGCCCCUUCUCUGGUCACUGCAACCUUUCAUUUCCUACAGAUGAGGUGGAGGAUGACCUGGAGGCCAUUCUUCAGAUCCUCCACUGCUGCUCUGUCCUGUGCAUCCCCAGAGCAUGCACUGAAUAAAUCUUCUUGUGAAAGUCUGUUCACUCUCUCUCUGGGGGAUCUGGACACCUGGGAGCUACUUACUAUUAAAAUGCUCUUAAUUAUGUGCUUACAUAGAA